AUGAAGUUCUCUCACUCUCUUAAAUUUAAUGCUGUUCCAGAAUGGUCAGACAGCUACAUUAACUACACUGGGUUGAAAAAAGCAAUUUAUAAGCUUCAACAAGAUCAGUUGAAUAACCAACCACAAGAUGGCUCAAUAGUAAUCAAUAGAGUUAAUCCUACAACUGUAUCUGACUUGGUUAGUGAAUCCAAAAUCCAGUCACCAAAAACUAAAGCUGAAAAUUCAUCUGGCGAUAAAAAAUUUUCGUCCAGGUUAAUUAGCAGGUUCAGAAAAAGCGGACAAGAUGUUGACGAUGAGAAGGCUGUUGGAAGCUCAACUGUCGAUGCACGUUUGUCAAACUUUAAUGAUUCGAAAGAAGAAAAAAAUCGUUCGAUCGAGUCAUUCACAGUUGAUUUGGAUAAUUCUACCAUAGUUACAUUUGACGAAGAGAAAACCAAGUAUAAUGAUCAAAAGUCAUUGAAUUUUGAUCCAUUAAAAGUUUUCACCAAGCAAUUAUUGCUUGAAUUGAGUAAAAUUAACGAAUUUUACCAGGGAAGAGAGCUGGUUGUAUUUCAAGACUACGACAACUUGAUUCGUGAUUUGGAAAGUAACCAUAUAGACAUUGAUGAGUUAUUCAAGACUACUCAGGCAUACCAGCAUGAUUUUUGUCCUGAACAUUGCAAUAGAGAACCUGUUUCAAGAGUCGCUUCCAAUUCUCAUGACUAUGAAAGUCAUGGGUUUGAAAAGCAAAAUGGCGGAGUAAUUGAAGUAGAAAGAGAUUCAGACGAUGAUGAUGAUGAGGAUGAUGAUGAUGAUGAUGAUGAUGAUGAGACACAUAGUCAGAAUUCUGCUUUAUUAAACCAUACUGACUUCAACGUUAAACAGCAAAAGCAAAUUACCUUGAAAAGAAAAUCUAUCAGUUUGUUCAUUGCUCUAUCUGAGUUAAAAUCUUUCAUUGAAUUAAACAAGAUUGGAUUUACUAAGAUUACCAAAAAGUUCGACAAGACAUGUAAUUACGCAAUCAAAAGAGACUUCAUUGAUAACUUCUUGCCUAGUGCCUCAAGAACAUUCACACCAGAGACAUUGACGGGCGUCGAUAAUAAACUUAAUCAAAUUGUCGUUAUUUAUUCCUUUUUGUCUGGAAACUUGUCAACAAGAACUACAAAGCAAGAUUUGGAGAAUGUUAGAGUAGAUUUAAGAUCCCAUUUGCGUGAACAUAUAGUUUGGGAGCGUAAUACCGUUUGGAAAGAUUUGCUUUCUUUAGAAAAGAAAUCAUAUAAUUUACAUCUAGACAAUGAGGCUACCAGGUCUAACAAAAUGGGAGAUGAAGGUUCUAUCAACUUAAUGCAUUUAAAUUGGACCAGAUUAAAUUUCCCUUUUGGUUUGAAUAUCUUUGGAUACACUAAUAUACUUAUUCCAUCUAGCUUAUUAACAUGGCAGAUCAUCAAGCUUCUUGUUAUCAUUAUUACUUUCGUGGUAUUGAUGUGUGUCAAAACAUUUAAUGAUCGCGAACAGCAUCGUUGUCUUGCGGUUUUGGUUGUGUCAGCUAUGCUUUGGGCAUCGGAAGCACUUCCAUUACAUAUCACUUCUAUGUUAGUGCCUUUAUUGGUUGUUACUUGUAAAGUUUUGAAAGAUGAUGAUGGUACAGCAAUGUCAGGACCUGAUGCUUCCAAAUAUAUCCUUAGUACUAUGUGGUCUUCGGUUAUUAUGCUUUUGAUGGGUGGUUUUACAUUAGCUGCAGCUUUAUCCAAAUAUAAUAUUGCUAAAGUAAUUUCCUCCUACAUUUUAGCGAUUGCAGGAACUAAGCCAAGAAAUGUGUUAAUCUCAAUCAUGAGUGUUUCAUUAUUCUUAUCCAUGUGGAUCUCCAAUGUUGCUGCUCCUGUUUUAUGUUAUUCUUUGAUUCAACCUGUUUUAAGAACGUUACCUACUGAGUCCCCAUUUGCGCAGGCUUUAGUCUUGGGUAUUGCAUUAGCUUCAAAUGUUGCCGGUAUGGCUUCUCCAAUUGCAUCCCCACAAAAUAUGGUUGCUAUUGAAUCAAUGAAUCCAAAUCCUGGUUGGGGAAAAUGGUUCGCUGUUGCAUUACCUGUUUCAAUUCUUGCUAUGAUUUUGAUUUGGGUUGAAUUAAUAUUGACAUUUAAAAUUAAUACUGUCAAGAUCAUGGCCUACAAACCAAUAAAAGAAAAAUUCACAACAAAACAAAUCUAUAUCAGUAUUGUCACUGUUACAACUAUCAUAUUGUGGUGUGUUUUAUCCGAAAUAGAGGGCGUUUUUGGUGAGUCUGGAAUUAUUUCAAUUAUUCCAAUUGUUUUAUUCUUCGGAACAGGUCUAUUACAGAAGGAAGAUUUGAAUAAUUUUCCUUGGAGUAUCAUCUUGUUAGCUAUGGGUGGUCUUGCAUUAGGAAAAGCGGUUAGUUCUUCAGGAUUAUUAGCUACUAUUGCUACUGCAUUACAACAUAAGAUUGAGCAUUUCAAUGUAUUUGUUAUUCUUAUUAUUUUUGGUAUUUUAAUUUUAGUUGUAGCAACUUUUGUUUCUCACACUGUUGCAGCAUUAAUUAUUGUUCCAUUAGUUAAAGAAGUUGGUGAUAAAUUACCACAUCCUCAUCCAUUAAUCUUGGUUAUGGGUACUGCUUUAAUUGCAUCUGCAGCUAUGGGUUUGCCAACUUCGGGAUUCCCGAAUGUUACGGCAAUUGGUAUGACUGACGAAGUAGGAAAACCUUACAUAACGGUGAAUACAUUUAUCACUCGAGGUGUACCUGCAUCGUUGAUUGCUUAUAUUUGUGUGGUGACUUUAGGAUAUGGUAUUAUGAAUUCUUUGGGUUUCUAA